GAGACGUACCGUUUUCGUGCCAUUUUUCCACUGAACUCUCAUUUUUCCUUUGCAUUUGCAUUAUGCAUUAUUCCAAGUCUUUAUAGCUCUCAUUAUUCGCUAAUUUACGGUGUACGUGCCCUAACCCAAAACAACAACAGCUAUUUGCGUUGUAGAUAUUUUCUCCAUGAAAUGCAAGAAUUUUGUUUUGCCAGGUGUGGUUGCUUGCUUUGAACAAAGAUUCCAAGACACAAGAUCUUACUAAGUUGUGUGGAAUGGCAAGAAGUUGAACAUAAUUUCAAAGAAGAUAUUUUCAGUAGAAGAUGAUUACAAGCACCCUCGCAAGAUAUGCAUGCAGCAAUCUUCAGAAGGGGGUUACGUUAUGCAAAGCACAUUCCAGGCUGAGCUCAAGCUCAGUCCAUGUGGAAGGCCUCAAGGACAAAUUUGGGUCACUAAUGAAGUCAUACGAACAGUACAUUGGAAUCGCAGAAGUAACUGCUGCUCAGAAUAGAGUCAUUGAGGCAGAAGAAUUGUUUCUCAGGGCUCAGGCACAGAGAAGAGAGCACCAGAUUCACAUGAAUCACAUUCAAGCAAAACUCAAAGAUCUACAUGCUGAAAUAGCUAAAACAAGCAGAGGAGAGGAUCGAUAUUUGGCCCUUGUCACUGAGGAGCACCGGGUUCUCCGCGAGGAGAGCCGUCUGAGCAGCGAGUACAAGCUGCUGGAGAAGGCUGAACAGGAGCUGUUCUCGGCCCUCUCCAACGCAGUGCGCACCUCCCACGAGAAGGAGCGCGCGCAGGCCGAGAAAACCAAAUACUGGUCCAUCAUCGGAUCGGCAAUCGGCGCCUUUAUCGGCAUCGUCGGCACGUCCAUUAACAACUGGCUGCGCAUGCGCGAACUGCGCAGCAUAGCUUCCUCGUCGGCCGAGGUGCCCGUCAAACUGCAGGAGGAUGUGGCUGUGCUGACCUCGUCGGUGGAACACCAGCAGAACGAGGUCAAAAAGGCGAUGCAUUCCAUCGAGGCGCUGUUCAGCUCUCUGCCGCUGUCGGCCAUCAGUCACGGCGCGGACGGCAGCGCCGGCAGGCUGCCGCUGCAGCUCGGCGAGCGGUUCGCCGCCGAGGUGUCUGCCCAGCUGGAGCGGCUGGAGCAGCAGCAGGCCGGCCUGCGGCGCGAGCUGACCGCCGGCUGGCAGCAGGCGGCCGCCGGCGGCGCCGACUCCGAGUCGGUCCAGCUGCUGCUCAUGGAGCACGAGCGGCGCGUCGAGCGGCGGCUCAUGCACGCCUCGGCCGCGCUGGCCACCGUCGGCGUGGUGUGUGGCGCCGCGCUGGCCGUGGCCGUCUCGCGCGCCUUCGGAGGUUAGUGUGACGACUCAGGGUGAUGUGGCCCCUGCGGCGUCUGACCAGGGCUGAAAGGUGACUGUUCGACUGAUCAGGGUGGGCAGGUGGUGAACAUGACUGAUCUCUCAUAAGUCAUCUCAGCCUGUAGACACCCCUGUUAUUGGUUGGGCAAUUAAGUCAGUGUCGAUUCCUGUGGCUUGGUUGAGCGCAGGUUUUAGUCCGAUCACGCUUACAAGCUCCAGGAAUUAGGAGUGGCAUUGAACGCCACAUAUGUAAUGCUAAUGUGACUGUGUCCAUGAGGGUCAGGUAUAUUUGCUUCUGGUGUUGUGAGAUGUGCAGAAUUGGCGUUCGCUCAGCUGUGAUUUUGUUGUACUGAUUUCCAGUGUCCUCAGCUAUCACUGACGCACCAGUUGACAAAUGAGAAUCAGUAUUUGGUCUCAAAGAGUCAUUGCGAUCCAUUGUUGAGGCAGGCGGGGUAAUGAAAACGGUACUGUUUUCGGGAAUGGUCAUGUUUCUCUCGUUUUAUGAAGUUAUACGCUGCCUUUAUCCCUCAUAGCUUCUUGAAGUAUGGCAGUGGCUUGCAAUGCAAGUCAAGUAGAGAGUGCGGUGGUAUACAGGUGAUGCAUUCUACAAAUAUGCAUAUGUCAAGCAGUGGUUCUUAAACACCGUUUAUUUUUUGUUUGUGGUCUUAACCCAUUUGUCUGACUAAAACAGGCUCCCUUCAUCUGUCAAGGCCCUGACGACAAUACAUGACUUGCUAUACAUCA